AUGAUAUAUGAAGAAUACCGUCCAAAGAACGUUUGUUCUAUCAAUCCUCUUUUCGAUUACUUUGUUUACAAAGAAUAUGGAUUGGUUUUAAACGAAAAGAGCAAAGAAAAGUUCGAAUUAUAUGAUUCACACCAUUAUUCAUUGGAUGUUCAUAAACCAAAUACAAUAUGGAGCGCAAUCAUGGAAGAUGACAAUAGAUUACUCAUUUCAAUAACAAAUGGCGAUGAUUUUGAUAAAGAUCAGAAGAUCAUCAGUGAUUUCUAUCCGAAAUCAGAUUCAGGUUACACAUUACUUGAAAUUUGUUGUUAUCAUGGUGCUGUUAAAUGUUUCAGAUAUUUGAUGACAGAACUUCAUUUACCUGUUACAAAACUUUGUUCUCAAUUUUCAUUCAUUGGCAAAAAUCUUGAUAUUGUUAGUGAUUGCAGCAAAGUUCAGAAGCCCGAUUACAAAUCAAUGAGAGGAGCUCUUUUAUCACACAACAUUGAUUUCAUUUUGUAUCUAUUUAAUGAGCACAAAAUAGAAAUUAACUUAUCUGAUAGUCUUUUUGCAAACAAUUUGCAAGCAAUUUUCAUGUAUUACGAGAAAACAUCAGAUUUGAUUAAUUCUUUCGUUUACUCUGCAUCUUUCAAUAUCCCUGCAGUUUCUCAAUACUUCUUAACUCAUAGAGUUAAUAUUAAUGCUAAAAGCAAACUCGAAUCUUGUGCUAUUCAUCAUGCAGUUCAAUUCAAUUGCAAAGAAAAUUUGGAAUUUUUAAUUUCAAAAGGUGCUGAUGUCAAUUCUGUCUGUUUUCCAUUCCGAUAUCCACUCCAUUUGGCAGCGGAAAAUAAUUCUGUUGAAGCAUGUCUAACAUUGCUAUUAAAUCAUGCAGAUCAAAAAUUGACUGAUCGUUUUGGUCGCAUACCUCUUCACGAAGCAGCAGCUAAUAAUGCAACUGAAGUUGCAGAAAUCCUUAUCAAAUAUGGAGCAAUUGUUGACUCAUUAGAUUGUUUUGGGGCAACACCACUCCAUGAAGCAGCCAAAAACAACAACGUCAAAAUUGCAGAACUGCUUCUUUCACAUGGAGCAGAUGCAAAUGAUAUUGAUAACAAAGGACAAACUCCUCUUUACUAUUCGAUAUGGGCAAACAAAACUCAAAUUGCAGAAUUCUUGAUUUCACAUGGUGGAGAUGUCAAUGCAGUCAACAAUGAUGGUGUCACAGUUCUUGCACGAGCAUUAAAUGAAAAUAAAAAUGUAAUUGCAGAAUUCCUUGUUUCGCAUGACGCUGUAAGAACUCUCAAUCCAGGCGAAAUCAAUAGUCAUAAGCAUCCAGACAGACAAAAUAGGCCUCCUCCUAUCAGAUAUGGUCCUCAUGGCGAAAUACUCAAAGAUUAA